CAUUGGACAGUCCAGGUCGGGAGAGUCCAAAGCCACGGGGCAGGGGGCGAACGGGACCGACGGGCCGUUGUAGACAUGGCCAGAAGAGAAUGACAGCACAUAUCCGGGCCAGAAAGAGAAUUCAAGGAGUGUUUACCGGAAAAGACCGCUGAAACAUUGACUUCCGAGGCUCCGCGCGAGCCUUGGCGGACUCGGGCUGGGCCCGGGCCUCCUGCAGGGAGCAGUAGAGAGCGCGUCGUCUAGAGCGGCCCCGGCUCGAGGGGGCGUGGGAAAGUGCCGCGGGGAGAGCUGGGAAACUCCCGCCGUCCACCACCAUCUUGCUCUCCGGGAAGCCGGCGGUGACCGAGGGUCAGAGCAAUCUUGAGCCAUGAAGCUGCUGGGCAAGGCCGGGUCGUUCUCGAGAUUCUACUCUCUCAAAGUUGCUCCCAAAAUUAAAGCCCCAGCUGCCCCUGCGGGAGUGCCUGUACAGCCUCAGGACCUUGAGUUUACCAGAUUACCCAACGGCUUAGUGAUUGCUUCUCUGGAAAAUUAUGCUCCUGCGUCAAGAAUUGGUUUGUUCAUUAAAGCGGGCAGUAGGUACGAGGACCCCAACAGCCUAGGAACCUCUCAUUUGCUUCGCCUUGCGUCCAGUUUGACUUCAAAAGGCGCUUCAUCUUUCAAGAUAACUCGUGGAAUUGAAGCAGUUGGUGGUAAAUUGAGUGUGACUGCAACAAGAGAAAACAUGGCUUACACUGUGGAGUGUCUGCGGGAUGAUGUUGAUAUCCUAAUGGAGUUCCUGCUCAAUGUCACCACAGCACCAGAAUUUCGUCGUUGGGAGGUCAAUGACCUUCAGUCUCAGUUAAAGAUUGACAAAGCAGUGGCCUUCCAGAAUCCACAAGCUCGUAUCAUUGAAAAUUUGCAUGCUGCAGCAUACAAAAACACCUUGGCUAAUUCCUUGUAUUGUCCUGACUAUAGGAUUGGGAAAGUGACAUCAGACCAGUUACAUUUCUAUGUUCAGAACCAUUUUACAAGUGCAAGAAUGGCUUUAGUUGGACUUGGUGUGAGUCAUCCUGUUCUAAAGCAAGUUGCUGAACAGUUCCUCAACAUGAGGGGAGGGCUUGGCUUGUCUGGGCCAAAGGCCAAAUACCGCGGAGGUGAGAUUCGAGAACAGAACGGGGACAGCCUCGUCCAUGCCGCUGUUGUUGCAGAAAGUGCCGCCAUAGGAAGCGCAGAAGCAAACGCAUUUAGUGUCCUCCAGCAUGUCCUCGGCGCCGGGCCACAUGUCAAGAGGGGCAGCAAUGCCACAAGCUCUCUCUAUCAAGCUGCUGCCAAAGGAACUAACCAGCCUUUUGAUGUUUCUGCUUUUAAUGCCAGUUACUCAGAUUCCGGUCUUUUUGGGAUUUACACCAUCUCACAGGCUGCAGCUGCUGGAGAUGUUAUCAAGGCGGCCUAUAACCAAGUCAAAACAAUUGCUCAAGGAAACCUUUCUAGUACAGAUGUGCAAGCUGCCAGGAACAAGCUGAAAGCUGGGUACUUAAUGUCAUUGGAGUCUUCUGAGGGUUUCCUGGAUGAAGUCGGGUCCCAGGCUCUAGUUGCUGGUUCCUAUGUGCCACCAACCACAGUCCUUCAGCAGAUCGACUCAGUUACUGAAGCUGAUGUUGUAAAGGCUGCAAAGACGUUUGUUUCUGGCCAGAAGUCAAUGGCAGCAAGUGGAAACUUGGGACACACACCUUUUCUGGAUGAGUUGUAAUACUGAAGCAUAAGCCACAGGCAAGAACAGAGCAUUGUCUCAACCCAAAACAGUGAAAACGAAAGUAAAAAUCUCUAAUAUAUAUAUCAUCUUUUAUCAAUGAGGUAAAAUAUCUUAAGACAUAACAGGUAAUUACUUUUGGUUGACCUAAAGUCAAUAAAAUUUUGUUUAAAUGUU